UUUAGAUUGAAAACGAAAGUGGACUUUUCUACGCAGGACAUUAAUUCUAGCAGGUUAACAAGGUUAUGCAAGCCCAAGUUUUGACUGCUGUUGUGAAGGACAUGGAAAUAAUAAGAACAAUAAAUUAUGAACAGAAGUAUAUAACUGAUCUAAAAUAUGCAGAUAAUGGAAAGGUGUGUGUUUCUGUUGUAAACACGAAAGAGAACAGCCCUUCUAAUUGUGAAUUAAGAUACGGUCCUAUUCAAUUUUUUUCUACCCAUGGGGCCUGUUUGUGUUUUACUCAUGACGGAUAUAAGAAAAAUAUCAUUUUUUCAAAUAAUAAAUCAUUGUUGGUUUAUAAAACACCCAGGUCCAAAGGAUUACCUUCAUUUUGGCCUUUGCCAGAUGAAUCAUUGGAUGGAUACACCCCUACUGGAAUAGGAGUGUGUAAAUCAGGAGCCAUUUUGGUUUCUCACUGGAACCAUCAGAUGCAUGACCGUUCACUGGGUAAAGUUUUCAAGUUAUCUCAAGGUGUAGGCAAACUCUUUGAAAUAGAGGCGGACAAAAAUCGACCCCUUUUUAUCUGCCCGACAUAUAUAACAGAAAACGGAAAUGGUGACAUUUGUGUUUCUGAUGUGAAUGCCGUGGUCGUCACAGACAGAGGUGGCUUUCUCAGAUUUUGUUACACGGGAGCACAAAGCGACCCUCAGUUUGAUCCAUACGGCAUUUGUUGUGAUUCCAUGAAUAACAUCAUUGUAGCGGACAUGUUGAAAAAUAGAAUUCACGUGAUCAACCAGAAUGGCGAGCUGCUUCACUUCAUUCAGUACAAAGACAUGUACAUGCCACGUUCUCUCUGUAUAGACGAGCAUGACAAUCUGUAUGUGGGUGAAUGGUCGUCUGAGGAAAUCAAAGUCCUCUUACUUCAAUGACUUUAAAUUAUUUUAUCCAUAAAAGACUUCUUUUAAACAUUUUUUUUCAUAUUAUGUUAUCGUAUUGUAUUUCUUAUAUGGAUUGAUAUAAUAUAAUUUGCAUCAUAUUGGUUUAAAAAAUCAUUUUAAUUAGUAUGCAUUUUACUGUAUAUAACUGUUAAUGUAAAAGUCUGUUGAACAUGUCAGAGAAGUGCAUUCAUGUGGUAUUUUUUUUCGUUUCAAUGAAUUGUCUUGUAUUUCUUCUGAGCAAUAUGUUGC